GGGACGCCGGUGUUUCGUUGUCUAACCUUUUACAAAGUAAGUGCUUCAGCAAUUAGGCGCUUGUAUGCAUCGCAAGUCGCUUGGUCUUUUAACAGGUGCAUAUAGAACUGAAAAAGGCUCACUCAGACAGAAAACAUGGCUGCAGACCCAGCCAGAGAGAAGGCCCUACAGGACUACAGGAAGAAGCUAAUGGAACACAGAGAGGUGGAAGGUCGCUUGAAAGAGAUGCGUGAGCAGCUAAAGGAGCUGACCAAGGAGUACGACAAGUCAGAGAACGACCUCAAGGCGCUGCAGAGCGUGGGCCAGAUCGUGGGCGAGGUGUUGAAGCAGCUGACCGAGGACAAAUUUAUCGUGAAGGCCACCAACGGGCCGCGGUACGUGGUCGGCUGCCGGCGCCAGCUGGACAAGACCAAGCUGAAGUCGGGCACGCGCGUGGCGCUCGACAUGACCACGCUGACCAUCAUGCGCUACCUGCCGCGCGAGGUCGACCCCAUGGUGUACAACAUGUCGCACGAGGACCCCGGCGACGUCACCUACUCCAGCGUCGGCGGGCUGGGUGAACAGAUCCGCGAGCUGAGAGAGGUGAUCGAGCUGCCUCUGAUGAACCCGGAGCUCUUCAUCCGGGUGGGUAUCACGCCACCCAAGGGCUGCCUGCUGUACGGGCCGCCCGGCACCGGCAAGACGCUGCUGGCGCGCGCCGUGGCUGCCCAGCUGGACGCCAACUUCCUCAAGGUGGUGUCGAGCGCCAUCGUCGACAAGUACAUCGGCGAGUCGGCCCGACUGAUCCGAGAGAUGUUCAACUACGCCAAGGACCACCAGCCGUGCAUCAUCUUCAUGGACGAGAUCGACGCCAUCGGCGGCCGGAGGUUCUCCGAGGGCACGUCCGCGGACAGGGAGAUCCAGCGCACCCUGAUGGAGCUGCUCAACCAGAUGGACGGCUUCGACUCGCUGGGACAGGUGAAGAUCAUCAUGGCGACGAACCGGCCGGACACGCUGGAUCCGGCGCUGCUGCGGCCCGGCCGGCUGGACCGCAAGAUCGAGAUCCCGCUGCCCAACGAGCAGGCGCGCCUCGACAUCCUCAAGAUCCACGCCGGCCCCAUCACCAAACACGGCGACAUCGACUACGAGGCGGUGGUGAAGCUGUCCGACGGUUUCAACGGCGCCGACCUGCGUAACGUGUGCACGGAGGCCGGGCUGUUCGCCAUCCGUGCCGACCGCGAGUACGUCGUCGACGAGGACUUCAUGAAGGCCGUCAGGAAGGUGGCCGACAACAAGAAGCUGGAGAGCAAGCUCGACUAUAAGCCACUCUAGGCGCGGCCGCCGCCGCUGCGUGACGCUGGUCUGUGACGUCACGGUUGUUUGAGUGACGUCACAGGAGGUGCUCGGUAGCAGGGCUGGCGGAGCCGGGCCCUGUGGUUGCGGUGGCCGCUGAGCCGGGCGGAGAGCGCCGCAGCAGGUGACAGUGCGCAGGGACGUGCUGCCGGUGGAUAACAAAGCACCGCCGGCUAAGAACCGCCGAUUGCGGCCCUUCUCAUACAUCUCGACGACCGAUAUGUUCGCUUCUUGCGGUGACUUUGCAGCCGCGAGAUCCGCGAAAGACAGCCAUGUCUACCAAAUACAGAUAUACGAACAGAACUAA